ACGAAAUCUUCGAUCGGCUAACGCGUAGAGCAUCCCGGCAGCAUGUUUUUUCUCCCAACGUCGCCUCGCCAUACAUUUUUAUACGAUUCUUUUAACCUUCUCUCUUCGUUCGAUCUCCGCUCUGUUUUCGGGUAGACUUUUGAAAGUUCAAGUGUGUAUCUGGCAUUUUGCGAGGACGUUGAAACGGUCGUGAUUUUCUCGUAUCGCUCCUGGUACGCGCCGAGUCGAAUCUCGUCUGGUUUUGGAGUCCUUGUGGACACGUUGCUUUGACCUUUAUUCGGUGGUGCGUUUUUUUAUCACUGCUUCGAUCUCUCUCGACGAGAUUCCACUUGAUGUUACCCCGAGGUGACUCUACCCCUCUUUACACAGUGUUUUUACACCCACCGUAUGUGCUACGUUUGAAUUUUGGCAGUGAUAAAUCCUCGGUGUAACCCUGUUUUGAUACUCGGAUAACCUCUCUGUCCUGUUCGUUGCGCGAAGUAUUUCUGGAUCUCUUUACUCUCACUAUCUCACGUACGAUGUAAGAGUAUUAUUUUGUGUCGAAAAAAGUUCUGACGGGCGAAUUCUUUUUGAUUUUUGUUUUUUUGCCUCUUUUUAGUGCCAACAUUACGAACUUUUUGGAGUGUUAGAGGUUACAGUGUCUUAAAAAGGUAUCAAUUGUCUUAGUGUGGACUGCGAUUGGAUAACUGGAAAUGCUCGGAAUCUGUGCCAGACGUAAGUGAAAUCUAAAGUUAUUGAUUUGAGUCAUGCAAAAUGAUUCGACGGGCGGUGAUUGUGUUAGGUUAGGGGUGAGUGGUUACGGAGGCUCGGUGAACUCCCCGGGGCAGCAUGUAGCAGGUGACAACAACACUGACCAGCAGGCAAAGCCCAAUAAUUGUCGCUCUGUGUCCAGCUCAUUUGGCAGGCCUUUCACGUAUUUGCCAAAUCCAAUAAACCCUGCCAAUGAUGUCAAGCCGCCCCAGGUACCCGCACGUCAAACCGUCGAAAAUAAAUCCAAAGAACAGGGGUCAGCAAACUUUCCUCCCAGCUUAAAAACAUUUACACCGCAAGUUCAGCCCAUCGCCCCUAAACCGAGACCCCCGGUCCCCCCAAAACGGAGUGAGUGUACUCGACUGUCCACUGUAACUCCCGCUCCGAAUCAAACCAAGUCAGAAACCUCAGAGCCCGAGAAGUCCAGCGCCGAUUCAAAUUCGAAAGAUCAAAAUGGGCCAUCUCUCCUGGAGUCGUCGAUCAAUAGCAAGAUCAAGACUUUGAAACAUGUCGAUCCCCCGGUUGCGAAAACCAUUUUAGACUUUUGCGAGGUAACUGAAAAGGAAAUUAUAUCGAAUAAUAUCAACGAUGGGCACGAAAGCGACAAAAAAGAGAAAAGCAAAAAUGUCGUUUUCGAAAAUCAACUUUCAGGCGGCGUGGAUGAAAAUGAAGCCGAGAAAGUUGAGUAUAAAAUCCUGAAUGAUAAAACACCCCCAAAAGCCCUACAGAGGACGGUUUUCGAUGUCGUUGCCAAAGAUCGAGUGGUUGUGAAUGAGGAAAGUGAUAAGAAAUCACCUGUGGACGGUAAGAAAGAUGUGAUAACCAAAGACUCGGACCUCAAAAGGAAGGAACCUUUGAGUGAGGUUAAAAAGGAUUACGGGACGUUGGAUUCUAUUAUCCGACAAAAUGCUCAACAAAUCAAACAGUCUUGCUCAAUUAAUAAGAAUAUAACAAAUAAUAACACUAACGUUAUUACCAAUAAUUUCAUUCCGAAAACAUCGAAUUAUGACACUUUGCCUUUGAAUAACAAAAACGAAGCUCAGUUGAGAAGUGAUAAUAAUUCGAUAAGCCAAAACGCAACAAGGAAUAACUUAAACCUACACAGGACGAAUAGCUUCGAGAAGAGUAACGAGGCCAUCAUCAAAACCGACAGGGAUUUGAAGAACGAUUUUUCCGAGGUGAACAGAAUCUUGAACAAAGUCGAUAAGGUUGUGAAAAACGGAGAGAAAGCUACAAGACUGACAGAAAAAGACUCGCAGGACGAAGAAAUAGACAGCGAUGAUGACGCGGAUAAGAGCGCCACCGCGGAUAUCUGGGUCCGGACAAUCGAGUCGCCGGUGCGGAAAUCGGUGAAGGACUUGGCGUUGGCCAUCGAGUCCGUCGAGACCAAGACCAUCGAGGAGAAGUUGGACGUGGAGAAGAAGAAAUCCAAGCACAAAAAGGAGGACGACGACCAACCGGACUUCAAUGACAAACCCUACGGAGUGACGCAAUCCCAAAGCUCGAACCAGCUGUCGCUCCCACCCAACCAGCGGCAGAACCAGCGCCUAGUCGGUUGCGAGAGCCUCCCUUGCAGCAGGCCCGGAUCACGCACAGCAUCCAGGUCCUCGUCCCCCGCGUUCUUCGUCAACGACAAAACCGCCAGGGACAAGAAGAUCAGCGCGGCGGAAGCUCUCGGGGUCGUCGCCAAACCAUGUCCCCGCAUCAUCCCCUCGAGCAACACAGCCUUCGCCAAGGCUAACUUCGAGUUCCGCCGCCAAUCCCUCGGCAACCUCUCCGACUCGAAGUUCGGGCGGAUCUCCAGCGGGUGGUCGUCGCACGUUCCGUCCUCCGCGUCGACGGACGUGGAGUCGUCCUACGGCUCGGACGUCUUCGACAACCGCCGGAAACGCCUGUCCAAGCGCUGCUCCAGCGUCGACAGCCGGACUCUCUCGCGGUGCUACCCGGACAAACACGCCGGACACUUCGGCUCCGACAACCGGGGGUUCCACACCCUCUCCAAGAUCUCCCUGCGGAACGGGACCGGGCACCCCGACUGCAAGUACUUCCCCAAGUCGACGGUAGUGCCCUCCGGGUACUACUCCCUGGACACGCCGCCUCCUCCGCCUCCGCCCGAGCACCACCGACGAUCCUCCAGCCACGGCUCCAAGUCGGAAAACGGCCCGAGGCCGCGGUCCACGUGCAACUGCGGCCAUCACCUCGCCUCGCUGUGCGUCCCGGUCGGGAAGCGCACCUACUCGGUGGAGGAGCUCCCUUCGUCCUUGAGCCGUCACGGAGGCGUGCCCCCGCCCCCGUCUACCGCCCCCCACCCGCCGCCGGCCCUCGUCGAUCUCAGUCGCUCCAACAGGUCCUCCUUCGGCAAGUCCCAGCAGCGGGUCAAGUUCGCGUUGGACGAGACGGAUUUGGAGAAGAUGGGGUCGUACACGAGUAAGUGCGUCGUCGGGUCGGAGCCCGAGGGGAUCAUGAAGAGGUCCUCGCGGAAAAUGACGCAGUUCGAUGACCUGUCCAACAACCACGGUGACCCCAACGGGAUUCUGAAUCUGCCGCCGCCUCCGCCGCCGCCGUAUCACUCCGUUGGGACUCUGACGCAGGGUGGAAAGUUACCAUCGUCUACCAACUCCAUUUUGAAGCAGCCAAAACCUAGAGCCAACAAUAUUUUCGGCAACGUGCCUCACGACUCGCCAGCCAACCCGAACCCACCGCCACCAUUGUCCAGCUCAUGUCGACGGAGUUUGCCGCAAACGGCGCUGAGCGAGACGGCUACCGGAGUCUCCCUUGACAGUUCCUGCUCAACAGAUCUCCCCAUCCCGUCCGGUGUCUCCGAGUAUGAUAAUGCUCUGGUGUUUCGGGAUAACAUCCUGAUAUCGGGGCCGCUGGACGCCCUGAUCCAGCACCUGGUGCCGACGACGGAGUACUACCCCGAACGAUCCUACGUCUUUGCAUUCCUCCUCAGCUCGAGGCUCUUCAUCAGGCCGCAUGAACUCCUCGGCCAAGUCAUCGCCCUCUGCGACGCUCAGCAGAAGCUCGGCGACAAACAGGUCUCCUCAAAGGAAAGACUGGCCAAGUUCAUUCCGCGGCUGGUGCAGCUCCUGGCGCAGUGGAGCGAGACGUUCCCGUACGACUUCCGGGACGAGCGCGUGAUGGCCCACGUGCGCGCCAUCACGCACCGCUGCGUGAGCGUCGAGGCCGGCGUCCGGCACCAGGUCUCCAGCCUCCUCACCAACCUCCUCCACCGACUCACCGCCCUCGAGAAGUACGAGGAGUUCCUCCAGAAGAUCAACGACGAGUCCAGCACUAACUCCAUCGAGAGCCUCAGCUCGACGGAUGUGAUUGAAAUGUGUCCAAACGCGGCCGAGUUAGCGCAGCAGUUGACGCACAUAGAACUGGAGAGGCUGUCUUUCAUUGGUCCUGAAGAAUUCGUCCAAGCCUUUGCCAAAGAGAAUCCUCACGUAGAACCCUCUUUGAAGGAAAUGAAGAAAACUCGUAAUCUGGAGGCAUACGUCCAAUGGUUCAACAGGCUUAGCUAUUUCGUUGCCACCCACAUUUGUAAGCAUCAAAAAAAGAAGCAAAGGGUCCGAGCCGUCGAAUACUGGAUUGAAACUGCAAGAGAAUGUUUCAAUAUCGGGAAUUUCAACUCUCUGAUGGCAAUAAUUGCUGGUUUGAAUAUGUCACCGAUUUCCAGACUAAAGAAAACUUGGAACAAGGUGCAGUCUGCUAAAUUUUCUGUCUUAGAGCAUCAGAUGGAUCCAUCAUCCAAUUUCAGUAGUUAUCGUUCAACACUGAAAGCUGCGAUGUGGCGCUCAGCAGGGGCCACAGACUUAAGACAACGCAUAGUCAUUCCAUUUUUCUCACUUUUAGUCAAAGAUCUUUACUUUUUAAAUGAAGGAUGUUCGAACAAAUUACGCAAUGGUCAUAUCAAUUUUAAAAAAUUUUGGGAGUUAGCAAAACAAGUAACAGAGUUUAUCAGUUGGAAACAAGUUGCGUGUCCUUUUGAGAAAAACCAUAAACUAAUUGCAUUCCUUCAAGCUAGUCCAGUUUUAUCAGAAAAUGCAUUAGCAUUGGCAUCUUUUGAAUGUGAGCCUCCCGAAAACAACCAUGAAAAAGAGCGAUUCAAAGCACUAAAGUCUGGUGGUGCUGCAUCUUAACCUGUGACAAAAGAUCUGAGUUUUCCAGAAAUCUUGCCCAACUUCCUCUGCAAGCGCACAAGUGAUACAAAUUGAAAGUAUUUUAUUUUACUUAAUGACUUAUUUAUUUAGUAAUUAUUCAUUGAAAAUUAACUUUACUCUUUCUAAUUAAGUAGCACUCUUAAUUAAAAUACUGACAAAGCAUUUAUGUAAAUGCUUAAGUAUCAUUUUUAGAAAAUCAGUACGUCCAAAAUUUUGGAACUUGGCCAAAAGACAAAUCAAUUUUUGUUGUAUCAUACAAAUAUUUCAAACCACAAUCACUUUUUUGAAAUAAAUGAACAUGGUGUAAUCGUGUUUGUACUGAAGUACAAAUAGGGCAGUUAGGAGAAUGAAUUCAAGAAUGUCAAAGGCGAAAAACAAACCUCAUGAAGGCAUCAUAUAAUAUUAUGAUUUUUCCAUUCAAAGAUUUAUUAGAUAACGAUGAGUAUCAAUGGCUUGCUUACUACUUCAAAAGCUCUACUCAAGCUUUGUUUAGGUUGUCUUUUUCUCUCGCUAAUUUUAUAAUCUCUUCUGUUUCAUUGACUGAAUGAAAAGGCCUCUUAGUCUGGGUCAAGAGUGAAGUUUUGGUGAUUUUUGAAGGCAAAAAAGAAUGCAAAAUGAUCAGGGGAAGAAGUAUUGAAGAUAAUAAGGUGAAACUAGAUGAACGUGUAUCUUGAUAGCAGUCUAUCAAAUUUUACCAUUUUCUUCCCCUGAGAAAAUAUUGCCCAAUAUUUUUGUUCACAUUUCGAAUAAUAUUUUUGAAGGGAUGAUAAAAAAUUCUUUAAAAUUUUCUGCAAAUUCGAUAGUUGGUCCUCUGUUAAAAAAAGUGGAAAGUAACGGAAAAUCUGCCAUUUCGCGUACUUGAGUUGCGUGUUUUUCAAGCUAGACCAAAUGUAUUUCAAUUUUGCAUUGAAUUUUAGUGCAGAAAAUUUCCUAUUUUUCAACUUCGAUCAGUUUCAGAGCAAAAAAGUGAUGAAUUAUUGACUUUUUGUGACUGACAUCUACCAGGACAUUUCAUUAUACUGUUUCAUUUCAUUAUCGGGUUCUGAGAUCAAUACAGAAAUAUGCUCAUCAAAAACUGAUUUAAUGAGGUUUUAUCAAGCUCUUGACUUAAAAGAGUAUGUCAAUAAUGAAAUUAUUUUGCAGUUAUAAACCUUGCACUGAGAAUGUUUCAGCAAUAACUCAAAAUGAUGCUGAGCCAAAUAAAAUCCUAUAUUAUGUCUAUGCAGUAUUACUACGGCAAUAGCUUUCAUGAUAAGUAACAUAAAAUACUCAAUAGGUGUUUUGAAAUUCAUGCCUUACUUAUACAUCUGUAUUUCUUGUGAGGUAUUAUUUCUUAAAAGUCCUAGAAGCUGAGACUUAAUUAUCACUAAAUUAAUGUUUGCUCUCAUGAAUUUACUUCCUUUUCUUGAAAGAAGAGAAAAAAUGUUGUGACGAUGAAAAAAUUUGAAACUGAGUUUCCCAUAUUUUUGGUUUGUUUCCGACCCAUAUUGAAUUAUUUUGUACAAAGCCAAUUGCACCGUACUUUCAGUGUUAAUAAUUGUUUUAAGUUUUGCACAUUUUUUACUUCAACUAUGUACUGAAUUUGUACAUAGGUAACAUUAUCUUCUUUCUAGCACUGUAUCAUUGAAACCUUAUUUAUUUUACAAUGGGUUACACUCAUACUAGAAAAAAAUGAAGAGGUUGCAGUCAGUAGUUUAAUGUGAAGGUUCUCAAAAAUAUGGAAUUUCAUCCUAGUUUUGUAACAGUUUACCAUAGUCAUCAGUUUUGCCGAUCCUCUUGUUUCUUUGAUCGUUUCAUUUAGGCGCAUAAUUUUAAUAUCACACACUCUGCAUACAAAAUACAUAGGAAAAGUGCUGCCCUCAGAAAUCCUCAUUACUUUUAUUUUAGUAAAGCUUGUAGAUAGUCUCUCAGGCAAUGAAAGGUGACUCUGCCUCUGCUAUAUACAUAUACAGCUAAAAUCCUCUCUGGAGCAGCCAUUUUAACAGUAUUUAUAUUGGUACAGUAUCUCUCAAAAUUCGCCUUGUUAUUUCUAGAGAUCCAUGGUGAACUCCCAAUUCUGGGUUUACAUUUAAAGCUAAGACAAUUUUACCACCUUCAGAUCAAAAUGAGAUCAAUCCCUACCUCUUUUUUUUCUUCUUCUUUGCGGUGCACUCUUGUAUUAAUUAAGAAGCAUUUUUGUGAUAUUUCAAUUUGAAAAGAAAGAACUUAGAGUGAGUUAAAUAUUAGACUAUCUGUCCACUGAUGUAGGUUAAAUUAUGUACUCUUUAUGUCUCCCUCUUUUUAAGUUUUGCCCCCUUUUGAUUGAAGAGCAUAUUUUACAUGCUGUUUUGCAAACUUAGUACUCUUGAAAUGAGAGUAAAGAAUUUGAUACAUUUAAAGGAAUUAAGGUCAGAGGAAUGUAUUUGUCUUGGGAAAAACUUAAUCAUCUGUGUUAAUCUUUACGCCUCAUCCCAACUUACUUUAGCCUCAUCUCUCCCUUAGUAGAUCAUCUGUAUUACGCUUGUUAUAUAUCUCUCAUACUUCAUUUAUUGUUUCUUUAGUUUUUGGCUACUUAAAUGUUUCAAUGAGGAAAUUCGAUCUCUUUCUUCCCACCCAUGCGUUUUUCUUCUUCCAUUCUAAGUCAAAGCUGACUCUACUGGUGCAUAACAUAAAUGGAUGAUAAAACUGCAGAAAUGUGUGUAAUGGUUUGUGGCGUCGCAGACUUCCUGUCAUACCUAUUUUCUACGGGGAAAACUAUUACAUGUUAGCUCUUGAAAACUUUGGUAAUUUUUUUUCCUGGUUGUGAGAAACAUUCUGUGAAAAUUUCAAGUCAUGAUGUUGGCUCAGUCUCUUUUUGAGAAAUGAAAUUAGAGCGAAUAUUAUGAAAUAAGGCAGCGGAUAUACGCAUUUUUGCAGUUUCACUGUCAAUUUAUGGAUUUAUUUAGCUAGAGUAAUAUGCCCAGCAAUCCAUCACUUUUCUGCUCCUUCUUCGUAUGAUCUUGCCCCGUUCUCGUGCUUCCCCUUUUGUUCAUGUCUGCAACAAUGAUCUCAUGAAGAGUAACCUUAUUUCUUCAAUGAUAGAAAAUAUUGUAAAAUUCAUUUUUAGGCAACAAUUUUGAAUUUGAGGAACCAACAUUAUACAUUAAAUAAGUAGUGAAAGUGUACAUUCUUCCGUAGUUUUUUUUUAAAAGUAUUCUUUCUCGAUAUAUGAGAAAGUCUUUCAAUAAGAGGCAGGUUUUACCCCUCUUUUCGUCUGGAAAGACCCAAUGGACCCAGACCUAGAAUGUAACUCGAUGAUGAAUAUCGGUGUUAUAAACUGACGCUUUUUCAAAGAUAAAUUAUCAAUAAUUUAAUCUGUUUGCUCUUUCAUCAGAGGUUAAAGCAAACAUUCAAAUAGUUUAAACUAGCAAAAAAUGGCAAGUGUUCUUUUUUUCAAAAUCUUACGUAGAAAGAAUUUACACAGAGGGACUUUUGGAAAUGAAACCCCAAAUAAAAUAUUAACGAGUAGUGUUUUUAAUGCAGAUCAAAUGGAAUUUGAAUUUAAUUUGUAAUUCUCCCCCUAACCAAUGUUGAUUGUAAACAUUUACAUUCUGCUUAGGAGUUGAUUCCCAGACUCAUCAUCAUAGAAAUUGUUUUCUACGUCAGAUCUUGAAGAGAAAAUAUGCUGCAUAGUGCUGUAAUUCAUACCUUGUCUACAGGUCCACUUCCAAACUUCUCAUCAUGAAUGGAGCGUCUGGCAAGCAGAAUUAUUAGAAGAAAACAUUAAACGAAUUUGCCAGAGAUAACAUGUCUAAAAUUUCCGUUAACCUACAGUUAUCAACCGAGCAGGGUCAAAAUUUUUCUUUCAUCGAAUUCAUUGUGAAAUGCUAUUGGUACAAAAUAUCUGAUACAAAGUCUUACCAAUUAUAUUGUAGCACAAACUUUUUAGUUUUAAGAGUAGUUCAAUCCUCAACUAUCUAAUUUAUACAUUCCUGUUUUUGAUACUAUUUUUAUAUCACUAAGAUGCUGCUCUUUUUUGCAAAUUCUGAGAAGCGUUGACUUCCAUUGGUCCUUGUUCUUCCGACCAAGAUCUGGUUUUAGAUAAAAUACAUUGCAUUGUUUCCUUUCAACGUUUAUGUUAGAUUUUUCCUUAAAAUAUUAUGAGUUUCAAUGUCAGAGUCCAAUGUAUUAACGCACAUUUAACUUCCAAGGAAAACAACAAUGUGUAAUUGUUACCAACAUUCUGAACGCCCAACAAUCACCUGAUGAAGUUGUAUUAUUUAAUAUUCUUUCAUUACUAUCAUCUGUAAGCAGUAUACAUUUUGGUGUCCUUUAUUCGAUUCAGUUUUAUAUUUCAUGUAAUUACUUCAAAGAAAGCAAAUCUAAGUUGGCUUACAAAAUGUGGGCAUUUUUGUCUGGAACCACUGUCAAAUUGAAAAAAGAAAAAAACCUUGUGUAAGGAAAAAUUCCUCUGUAAUUUGAGGUUUCGUUAAGUAUCAUAGCCUGAGAGAUGAUUCAGUAUCACUCCUUCUCUGAGUUUAUAAAUCGAGACAAGAAAUCAGGUGCUGAUCAGAUUCUCAUUAUUAGCGAUGCAAUGCAGAAACUCUUAUCAUGUUGGAGAACGAGUAUUAACUUUGCUACUGUAAUAUUGAAGAAUUAAUCCUGCGUUGUUUGUCAUUUAGAGUUUCUUAAUUGCUCAGUAUUUCUAGGUCGUUAAGCUGAAGUUUAGAGGAAAUUCAAUUUGAUGAAAAGUAAAGUUUGUAUCCAAGAACAAAUGCACACAAAAGAAAUGUGUUCGAUUACCAAUAUCAAAUAUAUCUCAUCCCAGACUUAUAAUUCAUCCUAGGUCAACUGUAGGACUUGUAGUGUUUGGUAUAUACAGGCUUUAAUUCUAACCCAAAUGACUUGAUUUCCUGCUUUUGAUGAAUUGAGUCCAUAGGAAGUCCUCCACACUGCACCGGAAUGCAGAGGUAGAAAGUGAUACCCAAUGUUAUGUAAUAAAAAUUUGAGAAAUGUUUCCGUGUAUUUUACAUUUUAUUUUUGUUUUUGGUCUUGAUAGUGUUUUCUAUUUGAUUUAUUUAUUUAUUUAUUCAUUUCUUUAUUUUGUAAACCGAUUAUGCAUUUGACUCGUGUUUGUAAAUUUGCAUUAUGUGUACAUUUUUACUUGUCGUAAUUUUGUGGCUGUACAUGCAGUAUUAUAGAUAUCUUUUUAAGUUCCUUCUAAUUUCAUGAUUUAUAUUUUAUAUUUUUUAAGCAAUGUUUUAUAUGUUUAUCAUCUGUACUUAUAUUUUGUGUUAUUUCAUGUUUUCAAUUUUAAUUACAUGGGGUUACCUUCCAUUUUAA